AUGGCUUCAUCCGGUGCUUCAUCCUCGACAGCCACCGGUUCCAACCUGGAAAGGACUCCGCUCCUUCACGAUGGCGAACGACCUCGGGCUACCCGUAAUGUCACCUUUAACCCAGACCCCGUGUCGAGCACCUAUUUCCCCGAGCCGGCAUCUUUAGCCUCGUCCCCAGGAAGCACUCUUGGUACCAUACCGACGACUAAUCCCUUGAGUCCAGUCGGAACCACGGGUUCCAUACCGAACCCAGCAGGCUCUGCUGCCGCCCACUCUUCGACCAUAUCGGCCAUGACAAGCCGUCUGCGACGUAGGAACUCCCAUGGCGCUACCUUCUCGACCUUGCCCGCACCUUUGGGGCCUCUGCCCAAGCUGGGUCCUCAAAGGUCUAGCAAGACUGCUCAGAAGCUCAAGCUCCUGCCUAAUCCAGACACUGGAGAAGGAAUGCCAGAUGAAGAGAGUGGCAGGGACGUCUACAGCCAGUAUACACGAAUCCAAGAUCCCGUAGCAAGGCGGGAUGCUGCCCGUCUUGGAAAAGCAGAUCGGGACCGGCUGCCAAGAGUGACUGCCUACUGCACCGCGAACAACUAUCAAAUGGAGGCACUAUUGCGUUUCUUGAAAGGUCGUGGAAAGACCAGGAGUGCCAAUCCAAAGUUGAUCGACGAGUGCAUAUACACCCCAUAUAACUACAGCACGGGCAAGGGUGCUGAGCGGGCAGAGACUGUCGAGGAACGGACGAGGAGGGAGCGAGGAGAGCAGGAGCGUCGCGAGCGCGAGGCGUCCGGGGAGAGCACGCAAAUGCCAGUGCAAAACUACGAGCGGAGGCAUUCCACAGGCCAGUUGAUCGAUGUCGGUGACGGUGCUGCAGAUGUCGGUACUGUCGAAACCUAUGAUAGUGGACGCGAUUUUCACAACAAUCUCUCCUAUCCCUCGCAACAUGACGAGAUCCACGAUCCUUCCAGUACGCAACACGAGGCCGACUUCGAUACAACAGUUCACGUACCAGAAGUCUUCCUGUUUGAGUACGGUGUUGUGGUGAUCUGGGGCAUGACACUUGCACACGAGAAGAGGUUCUUGAAAGAUAUCGCCAAAUUCGAAAAUGAGAAGCUUGACGAUGACGACGUGGAAACGGAGUGCUUUAACUUCUAUUAUACGCGAGAAUACCAAGCGCGGAUAUAUAACGAUUUCAUCACUUUACGAGACAAGACCAACUACAUGACGAAGCUGGCAAUCAGCCAUGCACUUGCCCAGAGUGUCAAGACGUCCCUGUUCGAAGAGUUAAUUGCUAGUACUAUUGAGACAUGCAAAGACAUACCUACACAAAUCGCAUUAACUGGCAAGAUUGCAUUAACUCGCAGUCAGAUCAACAUGCAAAUCGGCGAACUCUUCAUCCUCCGUAUCAAUAUCCAUCUCAACGGCUCUGUUCUCGAUACGCCGGAGCUUUUCUGGGUAGAGCCCGCUUUGGAGCCUCUGUAUCAAGCAGUGCGUGCCUACCUAGAGAUGGACCAGAGAGUCGGACUAUUGACAGAGAGGUUGGACGUGAUCGCGGAUUUGUUAGCAGUACUGAAGGACCAAUUGAGUCAUGGCCAUGGAGAGAUGCUGGAGUGGAUAGUUAUCAUCCUCAUUGCUGCCGAGAUUCUGGUAGCAGCAGUCAAUAUCGUCGUCGAUCUCUACGCUGGUGUUGACUAA